AUAGCAUUUUUCUUCUUGUGUGUAUUUCUGCUUCCCCCACUAAAUUUCCUAUCUGAACUUUCAACCGUGUUAAUUUAAUUGAAAAUUCAACCCAAAUUAACAGUCAAAUUAAUCUGCAAAAUUCGAAGGCUCCAAGAUAUGAUUGAAAAUAACUGUAAUCACCCACUACUCCCAUUUCUCGUCCAACUCACUCAAAACCAACUUCGCCACUCUCUCGAUCUACAUCUAUAUAUAAGAAACCCUUUGUUCCACAUUUCCUACUACACCAAAGUGUGCUAUUUCUACCACAAACUUCUGCAUUCACUCUCCUAUUGCCUCAUACUAUCAAUGGCUACUUCUUGUUCCACUUCCCUAUUAGUGUUUCUCUUUGCCAUUUUUUCCACUCUUACAUGUUGCUCUGUGGCUUCCAAUGAAUUCCAAGUUGGUGACUCAAAUGGGUGGGCUGUCCCUCCCCAAAAUGACACCAACUUCUACAAUGAAUGGGCUUCCCACAACAGGUUCCACGCUGGUGACACCCUCUGGUUUAAGUACAAGAAGGAUUCAGUGAUGGAGGUGGAUGAGGGGGAUUACACACACUGCAAUGCCACACACCCCAAACUCUUCUCCAACAGUGGCAACACCAAGUUGAAGCUUGGCCACCCAGGGACCUUCUACUUCAUGAGCGGUGCUUCAGGGCACUGUGAGGUGGGACAGAAGAUGAUUGUGAGGGUCAUGGUGGAUGAGUCUCUUCCUCAACAUGCCAAGUCUUCUAGCUACCAUAUUGCAAUUUCUCCAACUGGGCUGUCUCAAGUGCUCUUCUUUCAGUUUCUUUUGGCAUCUUUCUUAGGUAGUUUGAGUAAUUAGGAAAUUCAAUAGGUGUGUUUGGAAUGGAAUGUGUAAUGUGUUCUUGUUCAUAUGCUUUUAUAUAGUUAAGCUUUUGCAUUGAUUUCAAAUACUGUUUGUAAAGGAUACAAUUUCUUGCUAUUG